AAUUUGGACUAGCUUUUUAUAUUUUGCGUGAUCUAUUGCUCUUCCCCAAAAUUGUUGAUAACAGAGAAUUGCCACGUGGUAAAAUCUGCUAACUAUAUGCCUACAAAAUUUACAUAGAAAUCUCCCAACUACAACCACAAAAAGUAACAUUAAAUGCCACGUGGCAGUUGCCAAUUCAUCCCUUUUGGGAAGAACCCUACCCAAUCAGACUCCAAGCCUUCCACAAUGCUUGGAUCACCAACCGUCCUCUUCCCCAACCACCCUUUAUAUAAACAGAAACUUCAUUCAAAUUCAUUUUUUCAACACACAAACUUUAAAACAUAAUCAUCAUUAACUGCUGAUAAAAAAACAGGGUGCUCAGUUCACCGGGGCGGUUUUCCGACGAAAGGGAAACCGCUCUUCUCACUGGGAUUUGCUUGUAUUAUCUUAGGAUUUUGGCAAAACAAACAUAUUAUUUUUUAUUGUUUUGAGUUCUGUAUCUCCUGUUUUUUUGUUGGUUCUGGUGAGAUUUCUGUUCUGUAAUUGUUACUAGUUCUCAUUGUUUCUUAAUUCUUUAAAAUCUUGGGGCUGAAGACCAACCUGUUUUUUUUUUUUUUUUUCCCUUGUAGCUAUUUCUUGAUUCUCUGUUGUUUUUUUUUUUUUUCUAAAUUUGUUGUAUAUUCUUUCAUAUUGAGUUUAGAUAUAUAUUGGAAAGAGAGAAAAAAAGUUGGGAUCUCAAAUUUAUAUGCCUUAUGAAGGCAUAAAUGGAUGAGAUUAUGAGUUGAGUUCUGAAACACAAUUUGAGAUUGUCUUGGUAAUUCAGUGAAGAUAAAGAAAUGGUUGGCCAUGGCCAGUGCUUGUCUCCUCAGCCUGGCGAUUGGAUGAAGGGAAAACUGGUUGGAUCCGGAUCAUUUGGUACUGUCCACUUGGCCAUGAACAAAGCCACCGGAGCGCUUUUUGUUGUGAAAUCUUCACAAUCCGAGUUAGGACUAAAGUUUCUCGAGAACGAGGCUAACAUUCUCGAGAAUUUGAGUUCUCCUUACACCGUCCAGUGCAUAGGAAAGGAUGUGACGAACACAGCAAGUACCGGUGAAAAGAGGCUCGAUCUUUUCAUGGAGUACAUGUGUGGGGGUAGUUUGGCCGACGUGGCAGAGAAAUUCGGUGGAGUGUUGGAUGAGAGAGUGAUUCGUUUGUACACGAGAGAGAUUCUUCAGGGUCUCAAGUAUCUGCACAAGAAUGGCAUUGUGCAUUGCGAUCUCAAGUGCAAGAAUGUGCUCUUGGGCUCAUCUGGGAACGUUAAACUAGCAGACUUCGGAUGUGCCAUCGACUUGAAGCACUCGAAUGAACGUUCAACACAUUUUUGUAAAUCAAUGGGCGGGACGCCUUUGUGGAUGGCUCCUGAAGUUUUGAGAAACGAAGGGUUGGAUUUCGCUGCAGAUAUUUGGUCACUAGGCUGCACAGUUAUUGAAAUGGCUACGGGUAGGCCUCCCUGGGGUGAUGUGGUUUCGAAUCCAAUGGCUGCAGUUUUGAAGAUCGCGUGCAGCGAUGGGGUGCCUCAGUUUCCGGUGCACUUCUCGAAACAAGGGUUGGAUUUCUUGGCGAAAUGCUUGGAAAGGAAUCCGAAGAGGAGGUGGACAAGUGAAGAACUGCUUAACCAUCCAUUUGUUACCGGGGAAUUAUCCGUUGAUGGUAGGAAUUCAGUAAAGGAAGAUGUUUGCUCACCAGCGAGUGUCUUGGAUAUUAGAAACUAUGAAGAUGGCUCUGAUGAGGAUGAUUCGGAGGAUGAAUCGCAUGAUGGAGGUGAGUUUCCGAGCAGAUUUCCAUUCUUGGUUAUGCAGAGUGGCAGAAGAAAUAGUGCGUUGCCAAUGCAGCAGCAGGAGAGUGAUUUAGGGUCAUCAGGAACUUGGGUUACUGUUAGAUCAGGUUGAAUUUAACACCACAUUUUGUAUAAAGUUUUGGACAAAAAGAGAGUUGUAAACACUGAGGGAUUUGUAUGUACAGCUUUCAAGAAUAGGUUGUCUGGUAUUUUUUUUUUUUGUUAGAGAAGUUCUUCCUUGUCCAUAUAUAUAUAUCCUGAAAAGUUUGAAAAUAAUCAAAGCAAAGAAUCAGAUUUGGAUUUUAAAUUAUGCUAUGUU